ACUCUUCAACUUGUGAGAUCCAAUGGCUGGCGGUAGAAUUGCUCAUGCAACUUUGAAGGGACCUAGUGUGGUCAGGGAGAUCUGUAUUGGGAUCGCUCUUGGUCUGCUUGCUGGUGGUAUGUGGAAGAUGCAUCACUGGAAUGAGCAGAGGAAAGUGAGGUCAUUUUAUGACUUGCUUGAAAAGGGUGAGAUCGGUGUUGUUGCAGAAGAAUAGUUUAGGCUCUUCUUUUUGCACCCUCUCUGUCGUGCAUUUAUACAUUUGACAGCGUAAUUUUCCUCUAUUGUUUGUUUAUGGGUUUUCGUCUUUUUGGAAGCUCAAUCCAAAUAUGAGCAGAUACUUUGUUUUAAUCGUGAUAGAAAUAAGUUCAGUAUGGAAACAUGAGGAUUUUUCUGACAAUUUUAUGUUUCAAGCAUUUUCGUACUAUGUUCAUUUUUGAGGUGUAAAUUUUUUUGGAUGUCAGUUUGGACCUGAUUUCCAUGGGUAAAUGCAAUUCUAAUUUUGGA